AUGUUUGAGGGAUUCGAGCAGUUUCAAGUACCGGUUCAUAGUCUAUUCCUGAACAAGGAACUCGAGAUCUUUUGCAGAAAGAAGGGUAAUGGUAAGAAAGCUAUUUUACUCUUACAUGGAUAUCCACAGACCAGCCAUAUAUGGAACAAAAUAGCACCGAAGCUGUCUGAGGAAUAUACGGUAGUAGCAACGGAUUUGAGGGGCUAUGGACAAUCAUCUAAACCACCAGGAUCAAAGAGUCAUGAAGAAUAUUCUAAACGAGAGAUGGCAUCUGACCAAGUCCAAGUCAUGCAACAUUUCGGUUAUGAUGAAUUUUACAUUAUAGCUCAUGAUAGAGGUGCGAGGGUAGCACAUAGAUUAGCUUUGGAUAAUCCAUCAAAAGUAAAAGGUAUGAUGUUGUUAGAUAUAGCUCCUACCCUAUACAUGUACGAUAACACCGAUAUGGCAUUUGCUAAAGGAUAUUGGCAUUGGUUCUUCCUUAUUCAAGAGUCGCCUGGACCUGAGAAUAUGAUCAUGUCUGGACCCGAGCAAUUUUGGCAAGCCAUGGCGGGACGUCCUUCGCAUCAAGGUGUCAAUUGGUCCGAAGAAGAUUUAAAGGAAUAUAAAAGUAAACUGUUUACUGAAGAAACAGUACAUGCCUCAUGUGAAGAUUAUAGAGCAGCCGCAACGAUAGAUCUAGAACAUGACCGAGCCUCAAGCUCUUCAGGAGAUAAGAUAUCCAUACCUAAAUUGGUGGUAUUAUGGGGUAAGAAAGGAUUAAUCGAAUCCUAUAACUCAGGAGAUGUCGUUGGAGUCUGGAAAGAAUGGAUAAAUUCAUCUGUUACACAAAUCAAAGGAAAAGGUGUGGAUUCAGGGCAUUAUAUUCCGGAAGAAAAAUGGGAUGAUAUUCUGGAAGAAAGUAAAUGGUUGUUCGAAGAAUAA